AUGACGAGUAGCGCCAACGACGCCGCUGCCAGCACCACUACAGCCCGGCGCGCGGCAGGCGCCGGCCGCGGCUUCACGCUCCGCAGCACUCUCAGCUCGCUGCCCAGCGGACGCGACAACAACGACAGCAUGCGCAACAACAACAACGACAGUACUGGCAACGACGACGACGGCGCCGCAAUGCUUGCGCUGCUGUUGGCCAGCACAGACGUCGACGUCGACAUGGGCCUCGGCCAAGAGAUGGGUCACGGCGCGGCGGAUGGUCACGCGGUCACAGUCGACCCGCACGACCACGACGGCGCCGGGCUCUUCUCUUUUUGCCCCUUUCUGGAUUGCGACGAAGCCAUGGGCAGCGCUGCCUACGACGAUGCAACGUAUGCUCUGCUGGACGCCUGUGUGGGCCUCGACGUCGACAUGGGCCUCGGCCACGAGAUGGGUCACGGCGCGGUCGCUUCGCCCAACGCUUCACGGCCGCUCGUCGUCGAUACGGGCAGCGCCCACAACAGCGGCGACAUCGCGACGAAUAGCAGCGCAGCCACGUCGCCCGACGCCGCGGGGUCACCGGUCAGCGCCUUUGACACGGGAAACGACAACAGCGGUAUGGAGCUCGAGCGUGCCGAUCAAGAUCAGCGGGACACCGUGCUGCACGAAAAGUAUUACCGGAACACAGCGCACAAUGUACGCUGCUUCCCCACAUGUGAUACCUUUGACGGUAUUGGCAUUGAAAGCUACCGCUUGCACACCCGCAGCAACGGGCAGUGCUCGGCACCGUACACGGUCGUCAUGUCGUCUGUGUUUCCAUUGGGCCAACUGCGCGCAGUGGCCGACUUCUGCCCGCAGAACGCAUCGGCGGACGAUGCAGCGGCGCCGUCCAAGAGCUGCCCCACGACGACCAACGUGACGUGCAGCGCCUACAGCACCGUCGUCACGUUUCCACCCAGUAUCUGGAAGGUGGUGGCGGACCUCAAUGUGCACAACGUAUUUUACCUGCGCGUGCGUCUCUUUGACGACGAGACGCUGGUUGCCCAGCACAACUCGACGCUUUUUCAAGUGUGCAACAUCCCCAAGCGGCGCCCCGCCAAGUCGGCUGCCGGCGGAGAGAAGGCAGCCAAGCGCGCGCGCAUAGCAACAACCUGCGCGUAAGUACCACUAGCAGCAUUGCAUUAGAGACUCUAUAGUGUGCACAUGUAAUAUUUAUUUCAAAACAAAUACCUUUCUUU